CCGGGCGCGGGAGGAUGCGGCCCGGGGCGGCCCGAGAGCUGAGCAGGGUCCCCACGCCAGCCCCUCGAGGUCCCGGCCUCCGGAGCCGCAGCCGCCGCCCCGCCCCCGGGAGACAUGACUUCCAAGCCGCAUUCCGACUGGAUUCCCUACAGUGUCCUAGAUGAUGAGGGCAGCAACCUGAGGCAGCAGAAGCUUGACCGGCAGCGGGCCCUGUUGGAGCAGAAACAGAAGAAGAAGCGCCAGGAGCCCCUGAUGGUACAGGCCAAUGCAGAUGGGCGGCCCAGAAGCCGGAGAGCCCGGCAGUCAGAGGAGCAAGCCCCCCUGGUGGAGUCCUACCUCAGCAGCAGUGGCAGCACCAGCUACCAAGUUCAAGAGGCCGACUCACUUGCCAGUGUGCAGCUGGGAGCCACCCGCCCACCAGCACCAGCCUCAGCCAAGAAAACCAAGGCAGCAGCUGCAUCAGAGGGCCAGGGCGGGGACCCUAGGAAGGAGAAGAAGGGAAAGCAUAAAGGCACCAGCGGGCCAGCAACUCUGGCAGAAGACAAGUCUGAGGCCCAAGGCCCAGUGCAGAUCCUGACUGUGGGACAGUCAGACCACGCCAAGGAUGCGGGGGAGACAGCAGCCGGUGGGGGCACACGGCCCAGCGGGCAGGACCUCCGUGCCACGAUGCAGAGGAAGGGCAUCUCUAGCAGCAUGAGCUUUGAUGAGGAAGAGGAUGAGGAUGAAAACAGCUCUAGCUCCUCCCAGCUAAACAGCAACACCCGCCCUAGUUCUGCCACUAGCAGGAAGUCCAUCAGGGAGGCAGCCUCAGCCCCCAGCCCAGCAGCCCCAGAGCCACCAGUAGAUAUUGAGGUGCAGGAUCUAGAGGAGUUUGCACUGAGGCCAGCCCCCCAGGGGAUCACCAUCAAAUGCCGUAUCACUCGGGACAAGAAGGGGAUGGACCGGGGCAUGUACCCUACAUACUUUCUGCACCUGGACCGUGAGGAUGGCAAGAAGGUGUUCCUCCUAGCGGGCAGGAAGAGAAAGAAGAGUAAAACUUCCAAUUACCUCAUCUCUGUGGACCCAACAGACUUGUCUCGGGGAGGCGACAGCUAUAUUGGGAAAUUGCGGUCCAACCUGAUGGGCACGAAGUUCACCGUUUAUGACAAUGGAGUCAACCCUCAGAAAGCGUCAUCUUCUACACUGGAAAGUGGAACACUGCGCCAGGAGCUUGCAGCUGUGUGCUAUGAGACAAAUGUCCUAGGCUUCAAGGGACCUCGGAAGAUGAGUGUGAUUGUCCCAGGCAUGAAUAUGGUUCAUGAGAGAGUCUGUAUCCGUCCCCGAAAUGAACACGAGACUUUGCUAGCACGCUGGCAGAACAAGAACACAGAGAGCAUCAUUGAGCUGCAGAACAAGACACCAGUCUGGAAUGAUGACACACAGUCCUAUGUACUUAACUUCCAUGGGCGCGUCACACAGGCUUCUGUGAAGAACUUCCAGAUCAUCCAUGGCAAUGACCCGGACUACAUCGUCAUGCAGUUUGGCCGGGUAGCAGAAGAUGUGUUCACCAUGGAUUACAACUACCCGCUGUGUGCACUGCAGGCCUUUGCCAUUGCACUGUCCAGCUUUGACAGCAAGCUGGCCUGCGAGUAAAGGCCCCCUCUGCCUUUAGGGUGGCCCAGUCCGGAGUGGAGCUUGCCUGCCUACCAGGACAGCCCUGCCUACCCUCUGUUCAUAGGCCCUCAGUGGCCUCUCUGGCCUUACCAACCAGAAGCUGGCUGUUCUGCCUCUGCUGCUGAAGCAGGGGAAUAGCAAAUGGGUACAAGGGAAAAGAGUAUUUCUGUGCCCCAGGGUCAACACACAUACCCAGUCUUGGGUCAAUACCCGGCCGCAGUCAUAUUUGCCAUACUGGGUAGCCUCUUCAGCUGGAGGUACAGAGGGAGAGGAAGCACAAGCAGGGCUGCUGUGGCCUAGCCAUCCACUCAGCCUAUAAGUCAGAGGAUAAUGGGUGUCCCAGGAGAUAGGGUACAGUGUUUGGAUAGGGUACUUGAGCUUUAUGUAGCAAAGAUCCUGGUCAGCAGAAAGUACUCCCACUUCAAAAGGGCCCAUUAGGCCUAAGGGAAGUUGGGAGAUGGUAGGGAUAGGAGAGUGGCAGGACCUUACUAGGAUUGCAGGGACCUGGCUGUGUGAAUUAACUGGUAGCUUGGAGUGCUAGCUCAUUCAUUGCUUCAGAUUUGCCCAGUGAUUGCAGAAGCAAGAACCCAACCCUCAAGGCCAAAUUCUCUGAAUGGAUGGGGGUUAGAGAGCUCGUCUAGUAGGCUCCCUACAUAGGGGUCUUUGAUGUUGAACAGCCCCAGCACAACACCUAUGACACAUACAUGGGAUCUAGGUCACCAUUUAAGUGAUGGCAUGCUUCAAGAAGAAUGUCCUCUCUGGGAAGACCCAGCUCCCAUUGUUGCCAGCAUCCCAUGAUCAGUGAGGGCUGCAUGCCAUUCUUAGAGGAAUGGAGCAGGGUGGGAAGAGCAGAGGAUAUGUUAGGGGCACAAGAGAGCCCAGAGGUGAUAGAUAGUACUCUGUGUGGUUCACCAAAAGCACUGCUGAUCCCUGAGAACUUGUCUCUUAGUUACCUAACUGGUUAGUGGCAGAGUCCAGAACCUUAAGUUCCUUUGUUCCCACUGUUGCCCAGAAACUAGACUCUCUGGCCUUCUGGGGUCAAUUCUGCAUGCCCUCUCCCUUCACACAAUUCCAGAGACCCAAGACCCUCAGAGUUAAUGUAUAGGCUGAAAACCUUUCCGUAGGGAAUCAGGCAGUUCCCUGUUGAAAGUUGUCUGAGUUUUUGUACACCAUUCUGAUCUGAUGUGGCCUGUGCGUGGCCCCUCUAUGAGGGCUUCAAGCUGUGUACAGACCUCAGAAGGACCAUUGCACACUUUGUAUAGAUGUUACAGGCAGCCCGAGGGUUAUGGGGCUGGGCCUGGACAUCCCCUCCACUGCCACUUUUCCUUGGAUAGCACCACUCAUCUGGUGGGCUUGGGAACUCCCAAGCGCUUGCCCAUGUGUCAUUUGUGAGAAGCUUCUUGCCUAGAUGGAUAAGAAACCAGUGGAAAGCAAAGAGCAUUUAGCCACUGCCUCUUGCUUUAAAAUAGAUAUGCUUAGAAAAGCUAAGUAGAAAUUUUUAAAGUCAUGCUUCGAAUAUGUGAGUGAGGCUGUACGGGUAGGAAAGCUGGAUUGAUGUAAAUGGAGUUAGUACUUCAAAAAGACCUAGAAUAUGUUCCUAUGUUGGACACUCGAAGUAAGGCACACCUGCUGUAGCAGGAUCUGACAAACCUGAGCCAUACAUGCCAUGAGAGGACCCUCCAGUGAGUUAGCCUUUGUUUACAGUCUAGUUUCUAGAAGGCAGUAGGACUUCCAUGCUGGGACUAGCCUAUCUCCUGAUGAACGAUUACAGUGCCAUCUCCUUCCCAUAGUUCUGUGUUUGCCCCCCCCCCCCC